GUGAUGGUGGACUAACCUUUGACAGCCUCAAUCGCAGCACUAUCAAGGCAACUGAAAAAGGAAGAAGUGAGAAGUUACACGUUCUCUCUGAGAAGAAGUGAGUCCAGCAAGCAAUCUCAGGAUCCAUCUCUUGUCGGAAAUGAAUUUCCCCCUCAGUUUCUCUGUGCAGAUUUUGCUGUUAAUGGGUAGCGAUGUUCUGCAUGCAGAGCAAUGCCCUAAGACAGUGAUCAACUCCUGUGGAGACUGCAUCAAAUCAGGACCGUUCUGCCGCUGGUGCAAACAGCUGAACUUCACUAAGCAGGGUGAGUCGAGCACCAUCCGCUGCGACACCAGGGAAGCUCUACGACUGAGAGGCUGCCAGGAAGGAGACAUUGUUUCCCCCGAAAACUCCAAAACCCUGGUGAAGAAUCUCCCACUCACAGCAUCCUCCACCUCUGACAGGGAGCCGGUGCAGCUCAGACCGCAAGAGAUCAAGCUGGAGCUCCGGCCUGGCCUCCCCUACACCUUCGAGCUGAAGUUCAAACGGGCACAAGACUACCCUGUGGACCUCUACUACUUGAUGGACCUCUCUUACUCCAUGAACGAUGAUUUGCAGAAUGUGAAAAACCUGGGGAAAGAACUGCUGAGAACUUUGCGGAAGAUCACUUCUCGAGCCCGUAUUGGUUUUGGCUCGUUUGUUGACAAGACGGUUCUGCCCUUCACAAACACCAACCCACAGAAGCUCCGGAAGCCCUGCCCAGACACAGAGACCUUCUGCCAGGCCCCGUUCGGCUACAAGCACGUCCUGAGCCUGACCAGUGACCAGAACGAGUUUAACAAGAGGGUCUCCGAGCAGUAUAUCUCAGGGAACUUAGACUCCCCUGAGGGAGGUCUAGAUGCCAUCAUGCAGACUGCAGUCUGUGGGAGUAAAAUUGGCUGGGGGAACAGCACGCGCCUGCUGGUCUUCACCACCGACGCUGGGUUCCACAUGGCAGGGGAUGGGAAGCUGGCGGCCAUUUUGGAGCCCAAUGAUGGCCUGUGCCAUCUGGACGCAGGCCUCUUGUACAGCAAAAGCAACGACAUGGACUACCCUUCUGUGAGCCAAGUGGCCAAGAAGCUGACGGAAAAUAACAUCCAGCCCAUCUUCGCCGUCACCCGCAACGUCGAGAAUGUGUACACGAAACUGAAAGAAAUUAUUCCGAAAUCUGAAGUGGGUGUGCUAUCAACGGACUCGGGCAAUGUCGUAACUCUGAUUGAGAAUGCAUACAAGAGUCUGUCCUCCAACGUGAUCGUGAACCAUUUCCAGCUCCCGGACGAUGUGAGGGUCACGUACACAUCUAACUGUCCAUCUGGACGAAGGCCUGACACAAGAGGCUUGUGCGACAAUGUUGGGAUUGGUCAGGAGGUAACAUUUCAAGUGACCGUGACAGCAGACCAAUGCAUAGGAGAGAAGUCGUUUCUGAUUGGACCGCUGGGCUUCACUGAGAGGAUGAAGGUGGUUGUGAAAACACACUGCCAGUGUGACUGUCAGGAUGAUCCCAACAGAACCUACUGCUCAGGAAAAGGGCAGGUCACCUGUGGGAUAUGCAGCUGCUCGUCGGGGUUUGUGGGGCAGAGGUGCGAGUGCAACGUGGGGAGCCAGGGAGAGGACCGGCUGAAGGCCGCAUGCCGUCGCGAUAAUGCCACGGAGUGCUCGGGCCUGGGCGACUGCGUGUGCGGCGUCUGCAACUGCCACACCAGCGAGGACGGGCGCACCAUCUACGGGACCUACUGCGAGUGCGAUGACCGCAGCUGUGAGUUGGACCAGAACAAGCCCUGCGGAGGAAACGGGAAGUGUGAUUGCGGCAAGUGCAUAUGUAACCCGGAUUACGAAGGCAGCGCCUGCCAGUGCAGGAAGUCGAACGACGCGUGUGUGAAGGGAGACAGCCAGAAGGUGUGCAGCGGCCGGGGGAACUGCGAGUGCAACGUGUGCCAGUGCAAGGCUGGCUACACCCUGCCCUUCUGCGAGGACUGCCCCGGGUGCCCGUCCCCCUGCCCGAAAGCUGCGGCCUGUGUUGAGUGCCUGGGAUUUAAUACCGGUCCACUCAGUAAGAACUGCACUCAAGCGUGCGGGAAUAUUCACCACAAGGUGGUGGAUGAGCUGAGUAAGCAGGAUAAGAAGCCAUGCAAGGAGAAGGACACUGAGGGCUGUUUCAUGGUCUUCUCAAUGAAAGAGCUGGAUGGCAUCGAUCAAUACGAGGUGUCAAUCCAGAAGGAGAGAGAGUGCCCGGCCCCCCCAAACGUGGCCGCCAUCGUUGGGGGAACGAUAGCCGCAGUGGCCCUGAUCGGCCUCCUCCUGCUGCUUCUGAUCAAGGCCCUGCUUUACAUGAAGGACCUCAAAGAGUUCCGCAGGUUCGAGAAUGAAAAACAGAAAGCAAAGUGGAGCAAAGCUGAAAAUCCGUUAUUCAAGACUGCAACUACUACCAUUCAGAAUCCCAACUUCAGUGAGGAAUAAUAUCACUGUCUGCCAUUAAAAUAUGAAGUCAUAAUGUGCAUUAUGACGCUGCUUCUCAAACUCAGCCCUGCAGACCUACCGACCCUUGUGUGCGCUGUUUUCUGUUCCAACAAUUGCAGUCCCAUAAUUUUUACAAGCUUACAUUUCUUAAUUAGAAGACGGGCACUAUCUAAAUGGUUUGAUAGAUUAUUUACCUCUUUUGAAUUUUUUUCCAUGGCGCGUGUAUGCGGCCCGGGGCAAAAAGCAACUAAUUCAGCGCAUGCGCGUACUCACUCAUUCGCUCAGGGACGCUAUUCCACCGUUGUAACCCACGUGGCACAGUCCGUGAGGAGGGAGAGGGUCACGGAACUUCAACGUAAAAAACAGAUUAGUAUUCGCGAGUGAUUUAUUUUUAUUCUUGGUUUUGUCAGGGUCGACGAUAUGGAGAGACUUACAAAAAACUGAUUAUUGAACUUAUUUAAAGCCAGAAUUGUUUAAAGCCAUGUUUACUUUAAACGCCUAAAAAGCAGCUAGCAAAAUUUCGAGAGUAAUUCUUCACAAACAUGCCUAUAUCAAACGUUGUUAUUAUUAGGAAAGGCACUUCAAGCCGUAUUACAUUCUAUUAAUGACUUGAUGAUUCAGGAACUGAAAAUAAAAGUGCUCUUUCUGCAGAUGAGUGUUUCUAUUUGCAUGUAGAAAAUGGGAGCACGUGCAGGAAGACACGAAUGAGACAAGAACAUCGCACUUCAAAUAGGUUCGGAGUCUUAGUAAUUCAUCUUAUGCACAAGCAGGUACUUUUCUGUUUUAAACCAGUGCGCCGUGGGCCUCAACAUAUUAGUUCUUGUUAUAUUCAAUUUGGCGCCUAACGUGCGCUGAAAAGGUCCUAAUUCCCACCCUAAUUUGGAAUGUUCGAUUAUCUGCAGCCGCAGUUGUGUUCUUGUGUGGAGGCGACCGUCGAUUUGGGAGAGUGUAGACAUCCUCAAAAGCAACACAAAUGCCGGAUCUGCAUUGCGUUAAUAAGCAUAAGGACACAUUUGAAGUAACAAACUGUGUUCAACAAACUUCAUUAGGCAAGAGAUUGGCUGUAGCAAACACCAGCAUACACAGGGGUCCCCAAGGACUGCAGUUUGGCAUGGUACUGUACACUGGAGCAUUGCAUGUGUUGUAGGGGGUCAUUUUCUGUUUAAAAUAACUGAUACUAAUACUAUAAGUAGAUGGACAGAUGCACAGAUUGAGUAGACAGUUGUAUAAUAUAACUUUGUGAAAAUAAUAAAUUGAAAAAUAAAUUAUAAUAAACUGAUUAUAAUUGGAGUAUUUUAUGAACAUGAUAUUGUCAGGUAAUUUAUAGCAUCAAAUCAUGGUCCUCAUCGAGAAGUCCUGGUCUGCCACCCUACCUGGGAGUCAGGUGUGAAGACAGUCUGGGCAAUCAGCAGCACUUACUGUUCAUUUACAUACGUAGGAAAACAGAAAACCAGGGUUGUAUUUGAUUCGUGGGCCAGAUUUGAUGAUCCCUGUUUUAUAGCAUAACAUUUGUUACCUCGGUAAAUUCCCUAAAACCAGCCGCAAUUGUAAUCCAUACCAACAAGUUAAUUGUAGGGUAUUAUAGGCUGCUAAACAUACACCCUGCUAUGAUCCUGCAUCCAUUAUCCUGCAUCCAUUUUUUAUCAAUAUGAAGGUUAGAUACAUUUUUAUACCUCCUAUAUUGCUGUUUUGCUUCUUUUUUUUAAAUUGUAAAUUGCACACAAUAGAUAACCCUACAAAUGGCUUAUGUUGACUUGUUCAUUCUGACACCUGAUGACUGCACUUUUAUUUUGUAACAGUGAACACAAUAAAACUGUGGAAAAAGUCAA